AGUACAUCAGUAUUUUUUCUAUAAAAUAUAUUGCUUAAUCUCUCCUUCUCUCUCUUUUUCCUUUCUCUAUCUUUUUUGUAUAAAUAAUAAUAAUAAAAUUAAUAAUGGGUGCAAACAUGUCAAAGGCGUUGGCCAAGAUAUUCGGUACCAAAGAAAUGAGAAUCCUAAUGUUGGGAUUAGACGCCGCAGGCAAAACUACCAUUCUGUAUAAACUAAAGUUGAAUCAAUCCGUUACUACCAUACCCACUGUUGGAUUCAACGUAGAAUCCGUUACAUACAAAAACGUCAAAUUCAACGUAUGGGAUGUGGGAGGACAGGAUAAAAUCAGAAACCUUUGGAGGCAUUAUUACACAGGAACCCAAGGCUUGAUUUUUGUGAUUGAUUGUCAGGACCGUAAUCGAAUUGAGGAAGCAAGACAAGAGUUAUAUCGCAUCAUUUCUGAUCGUGAAAUGAAGGACUGUUUACUAUUAAUAUUCGCAAAUAAGCAAGAUUUACCAGGCUCUUUUACACCGGCUGAAGUCACAGAUAUAUUAGGUUUGGCAAAGCUGCGAGAACGAAUCUGGUACGUUCAUCCUUCUUGUGCAACUACCGGGGAUGGCUUAUUUGAAGGGUUAAAUUGGUUGAGUCAAAAUGUAAAAGCGAUAUAUAAAUAAAUUUCAUACAACUAUUUUUUUUUCC